GGGACCGGCAGUCUCCAGCAGCCCCUUUGCUCCCAGGUGAUCAUGACUAAUCAUAUCCAACAUGUCCACGCCCGCCGAGACUCUCCCCACACACCUGAGCCAGGACUUCCAGCUGCUGAGCCCCUGCCGCCCUGUCGACGAGUGCUACGAGAAGCUGAACAAGAUCGAGGAAGGCACAUAUGGAAUCGUGUACCGUGCGCGUGACAAGGCCACCGGCGAGCUGGUUGCACUCAAACAUCUGAAGCUGGAGCAAGAGCGCAACGGCUUUCCGAUCACAUCGCUGCGCGAGAUCCACACGCUGCUGCUGGCCAAGCACCCAAACAUCAUCAAUGUGCGCGAAAUCGCCGUCGGCCGCUCGCUCAACAGCAUCUACAUCGUCAUGGACUUUAUGGAGCACGACCUGCGCGGUCUGAUGGAGUCCAUGAAGGACCCGUUCCAGCCUUCCGAGGUCAAGUCGCUGAUGCACCAGCUGCUCAGUGCCCUCGCCCAUCUCCACAACAACUGGAUCGUCCACCGCGACCUGAAGACGUCGAAUCUCCUGAUGGCCAACGGCGGCCUGCUCAAGGUCGCUGAUUUCGGCCUGGCGCGCAAGUACGGGUCGCCGCUGGGCGACAUGACCGGCCUGGUCGUCACGCUGUGGUACCGCGCGCCCGAGCUGCUGUUUGGCCAGAAGGAAUACUCGACUGCCGUGGAUGUGUGGUCGGCCGGGUGCAUUUUUGCUGAGCUGUUCCUGGGCGAGCCGCUGUUUCCUGGCCGGGGCGAAAUCGACCAGAUCUCGCGCGUUUUUUCGAUGCUUGGCACGCCCACCGACGAGUCGUGGCCCGGAUUCCGCGACCUGCCCAACGCCCGCAUGUUCAAGUUCACAAGCAAGCCCGGUGACGCAAGACUGCGCGAAAAGAUGCUCAAGCACCCUGGUGUCACUGACAGCGCCUACGACCUGCUGGGCCGCCUGCUGGCGUUCAACCCCGAGCAGCGCAUCACGGCCGACGAGGCUCUGCAGCACCCGUACUUUUCCGAGCACCCACCACCCAAGGACCCCAGCAUGUUCCCCACGUGGCCCUCGAAAAGCACUGCUGCAGCGGCACCAUAACCACUGUGAUUGCAAAAUACAUUGUCGC